AUGGCCCUUAUUUACAUCGAUAACAACUCAAUUAUCUCUCCGAAUAAAAUUACUGGGGAAUGGUUUAUAGGAUUUACAUCUUACAUGCCGCUAAUCAUGCUACUUGUAAUGUUCACCUCAAUACAGACACAAAACUUAGGACAAGCCGCAUACUAUUCAUUAUUUAUUAUAUCUUUCUUGGUUUUACUAAUAGCUAUAUACUACGUUGCCUACGAAGUUCCCAUGCUCAAUAACCUUCUUAAUUCUAUGAUUGCUUCUCAUUAUACGGUCACAUUAAUAAUAUUAGCCCUAGAUUUCAUCAAAAUCGACUUUCAAGUCUCCACACCUAAGUAUUUAUUAUGUUUUGUACCAGUAGUGUUCUCAUUGCUCUCUUUAUUCAUCAGAUUCAUUACUGAUCGCAGAAGAAUUGUGAUUCAGCAGUUUUUGGAUCAAUUCGAUAACCAAGAUGGUAAUUAUACAGUUUCUGCCAUUGCAGCUACAUUGGAAAGCCUCACUACUGAAAGACAAGUCAGAUUAUUGAUUUACGAAGGUUUUCAAUCCGGUAACAAAACGGUUAUUUCAUCGUCUUUCGUUCAAUUUUGUUUAGAACGGUUUCCAACUUCGACAUGGAUGGUUAGCUAUGUCUCCUUCCUGUUUGCAGUUAACUGGGGCACAAAUGACAUCAUUUACAGGUUCAUGCUCCAUACAUUGAGUUUAGAUUACUUUGGAAUCCGCAAUUUACAGAUGUAUCAAGCGAUUUAUUGUUUGAUGCAAUCAUCUGAGAAGAUUUCACCUGUUAUUGCGAGAGAAUUGGAUGAUUACAGGUGUGAAGUUGUACAAUUUGCUUCGAUACAUAGAGCAUUCUGGAGAUCCGUCAUUACCAAUGAUUCAGAUGCCUUCCACGAUACUUUCUUCGCUUACCACUCCCAACUCAAAAAAUUAUCAAGAAUAUUAAGAAACUUGACAAUGAAAUAUCCAUAUAAUUCAAGUGUUGCAUGCGAAAAUGCCUUGUUUUAUGCAGAUAUGCAGCAUAAUUUCCAUAAAAGUUCUGAAUGUUAUUCACGUGCCGCUCAACUUUUGAAUUCAAGACGAACAUUCAUUGUCAAUGAUCUUUUCUACAACUAUUCGAUGAUGUUUCCCAUCUCCAAGCCAACUCUCAAGGAAGAAAACGACUUACAAGAGAAGAUUUCAGAAGAAUUAAGGUUCAUUUCACUUUUGGAGUCACAUGAACACGCUUUGAGGUAUAUGACAAUUGUAUCUACAAAUGACGAAUAUUUGCAGGCAAUGUCACAUGCUUUCUCAGUUCCAACUAAUUACCAACACGUUGAAAUUUCUUUUGAAAAAGUGAGAACGAUUAUUUUGUAUUCAACUUUUGUCAUAUCUGUUUUAUUUUUUGUUUCAAUUUGUUUAACUAUUCUUAGAUUGGUUUACGAGAAUGAGAAAGAGCGAGAUGUUUAUGAACUGAGUUGUUUGAUGAUGGAAAGAAUGAUUCUUUUCAGAAACGAAGUUCAUUUGGCCAGACAAGAUGUCAGAUUACUUUCCAACGUUUUGACAGAGGAUUACAACGGAAUUUUGAAUUCCUCAAUUUACUAUAACAUCUCAGAUGAUGAUUGGAAGACAACAGUUAAUGGUUUAUAUAUAUUAGCAAUUAGACACGUCAAUGACAUUGAAAUUGCUUUAACAAGACAUGUUUUGAGAUUUAACGCGAGAACUUUGUAUCAAGAUAUUCCAUUUACUCUUCCAAAUUGUAAUGAAGUCAAUUGCACAUUGAGUUAUUUGUAUUCCGGACUCCAUUUCAUUUUAUUCUUCAUGUUAAACAACAAAGAUGGUGACAGAGAUUUAAAUGACAGAUUGAUUUCUUCUCUUGACACUUUUUCAAUUCCUUUAGUUGAAUUAUGUAACAAUGUUUUCAACCAAAUGGUUCACAGACACAAUGAAACUAUUUAUAAUAAUAUAAGGGACCAUGAAAGGACAUAUAUAGAAAUAAUUAUAGUUAUUUAUUGUAUUUUAUUGUUUUUGAUUAUAUUGUUAGUUUAUUCGAUGCAUUCUAUGCGACAAAACAUGUUUGGAGUCAUUAGAACAAUCCAAUCUUCAAUGUUGAAGAUGAUUUCAAGUUUGUUUGAUAAAAUGCUCACUUUGGAGCAGAAACAAAAACAAGUUUCUCAUGAUUAUACAUUUUUGAAGUCAAUUUUAUAUUUGUUUUUGUCUUUUGCUGUAACAACAUUUUGUCUUGUGUUUUUGUUGGCAAUCAACAUCCAAUCAAAGAGUACAAUUACAGAAGCAAAUAACUCUUUGGAUGUUAUGGUUGAUCCUUCAAAUAUCACGAGUUUUGCAACAUUCAUGGCCGCUGUUUUGGAAUAUAUUGUAAGAGAUGGUAUAAAUAGAAAUGGUGUUUUGCAGACUUCUUCUAUUAAUUACAUGGCUUUGACUGUUUAUCAGAGUUGUUUGUAUUUCUUGUUUAAUGAUACUUGUUUCAAUUGUUACACAAAAACAAAGUUUUACGAAAAUAAUCCAAGAGUUGUUAUGUGGACUGUUACUUACGUUUUCUUGGUUUUCGCUGUGAUAUUUUUGAUUUUCUUCAUUUUUAAUUUACUCAAAGUUAUUGAUGUAAGUAAAUCUGUUGAAGAAAUAAUGAAAUUCGUGCCGCAAGGAGCAAGAAAAUCUAAUCCUGUUCUAGCGAAAAUUAUGGUAGGAAAAAGGACGCCUUUCUCGGAAAUCUCGGAAUUCGCAGAAAAUUGUAAGACGACGGUGUCGAAAUAUGACUUUUUCGUUACGUUUUGUAUGGAUCCUUUAGAAAAUAUAAUUGAAACAAAAGGUGAUGUGAACGAUUAUUUCCCAUUCAAACCACAAAAAUUGUCAGAUAUCAGGGAUUAUAUCAUGAAUCAUUCCAAUGAUAAUCCUGAUUCGAUUAAGCAGUUCUUUGAACAAAAGAAACCAUUAGAUACUCGCAGCGUUUCUUUGGAUAAUGAUAAAGAGAUUUCGUUGACAUUCUCAAGGAAAGGAGCGAUUUUACUUGUGAAAAACGAUGUCCAUCAUCAUACUUCGAACAACAGACAGAGAAUAUUUGAGCAAUUACAAUCUACUGUCAAAGAUAGAAUGGAUAGAAGAAAAGCAUCGAGUUUUCCACAGGCAAUUUUGAUUAUGUUGCAAAUUAAUAAUAAGAAAGUUUUAACUGAUGUUUGCAACAAAUUAGAGACAAUUGGAAAAGUCUUGGAUACAAGAUUUAGAAGAAUCGUUUGUACUGUUCAAAUGGAGAAGACGAAAGAGUUUGUUGAUAUGAUAAACUACUUAAAAGAACAUUAUAAAGGUGAAAUCAAAGGUGUUUGUCAUUUCGGAGGUAUUGUUUCUGUUUUACAAAGUUCGAUGACAAUUGAGAAAACAAGAGUAUUUGGUCCGACAUACGAUGAAGCUAAAGUAAUGAUUUCUCGUGUUCCAAAUGGUGAAAUCAUAUUCACUGAGAAAUUACUAAGUGCAAUACAAUAA